AUGUCUUACGACUCAUGGCAGAGUCCCAUGGGGGCCCGAUAUGCCAGUAAAGAAAUGCUCACGCUGUUCUCGGCGCGGACUCGAGCUUCCACCUGGCGACAGCUGUGGAUAUGGCUGGCCGAGGCGGAGAAGGAACUGGGACUCGACAUUUCCGAGGAGGCGAUACAGCAGAUGCAGGCCGCCAAGGUCAUGACCGACGAUGACUUUCAGGUCGCGGCGGUGGAGGAGAAGAGACGGCGUCACGACGUCAUGGCCCAUGUUCAUGCUUUUGGCGAACGUGCUCCUGCUGCGGCUGGAAAAAUUCAUUUGGGUGCUACUUCAUGCUAUGUCACCGACAAUGCGGAUUUGAUCUUUCUACGCGAUGGUAUCUCUCUGCUACUCCCAAAGCUUGCCAAAUGUAUUCGAAAGCUCUCCGAUUUUGCAACCGAGUAUAAAGCCCUACCAUGUCUUGGAUUUACCCAUGGACAACCUGCUCAGUGUAUCACUGUUGGAAGACGAGCCACCCAAUGGAUCGAGUCUCUAUUGAUGGAUUUACGAAAUCUUGAGCGAGCUCGUUCUGACCUCCGCUUUCGAGGCGUGAAAGGUACCACCGGUACGCAGGCGUCCUUCCUCGAGCUCUUCCAUGGAGACCACCAAAAGGUCAAGCAACUUGAUGAACUCGUCACCAAGAAAGCCGGAUUCAAUAAGCGCUCGAUUGUUUCUGUCCAGACAUAUAACCGCAAGAUUGACUUCGAUAUUGCCAACGUUCUUGCUUCCUUCGGAACCACCUGUGAACAUAUCGGAACAGAUAUCCGUCACCUGGCUAUGUUGAAGGAACUGGAAGAGCCCUUUGAGAAGGACCAGAUUGGGUCUUCAGCGAUGGCAUAUAAGAGAAACCCCAUGAGAUCCGAACGGAUGUGCUCCCUCGGCCGCAAACUCGCCACCUUGCCCGCUGGCUUUGGUGCAACCUAUGCGCACCAAUGGUUUGAACGAUCGUUGGACGAUUCGGCCAUCCGACGCAUUGAUAUUCCCGAGUUGUUCCUCAUCGCUGAUGCACUCUGCAUUCUGCUCGAGAAUGUCUCAUCUGGUCUUGUUGUUUACCCCGCUGUCAUCAAUAGCCGUCUUCAACAAGAACUGCCAUUCAUGGCCACAGAGACAAUGAUCAUGCGCAUGAGUGAGAAAGGAGCCAGUAGGCAAGAAACUCAUGAACAGAUCCGUGUCCUAUCACACCAAGCAGGUGCCGUUGUCAAGCAGGAGGGAAAUCAGAAUGACCUCGUGGAGCGAGUUCGCAGGGAGAAGUUUUUCGAACCGAUAUGGAGCGAGCUGACCGAGGAAGAUUUGCUGAACCCGACCAAGUUCGUGGGCAGAUCUGCUGAGCAAGUGGAAGAGUUUGUGGAAGAAGAGGUCGAACCAGCACUUGAGCCAUACAAAGACCUUCUCGGUGGCCAGGCAGCAGAGAUCCAUGUCUAA